CAUCGAACCCGUGUCUCCGGCGCUGCAUUCGCUGAAAGACAGCAACUCUAACGCUGCGUCGCCGCGACCGCCCAUAUUCAGCAGCUCCGCGUCAGUGAAAACAUUUUGAACCAGGAAGUGAAAAUGGCUUCGAAAAACCAAGUCGAGAGUUGGACCGAGGAGGCAGUUUGUCCCAUCUGCCUGGAUUUCUUCACCGACCCGGUUAUACUGGAGUGUGGGCACAAUUUCUGCCGCUCCUGUAUCACACGGUUUUGGGACAGAGAGGAGAAAAACAUCUGCCCGGAAUGUAGGGAGGAGUUAGAAGAGCGCACCCUCAGGGUUAGUUGGGCCUUGACGAGACUGGCUGAUAAAGCACGAAAUCACAACCUGUAUCGGACAGAGAAGGAACGUAAACGUCAGUGCGAGGAACAUCAGGAAGAUCUGAAGCUGUUUUGUGAAACUGACAAGAAGCUGAUCUGUGUGAUUUGUGCAGCCGGGCGGGAACACAAAUCUCACAGCUUCACGCUGAUAGCAGAAGCUGCAGAAAUCUAUAAGAAUCAGGUGAAAUCUUCCUCCGAAUCUCUCACGAAAAAGGAAUCAGAGAUCGAGCAAAUGGAGCAGCAACAGAAACUAAAGAUAUCUGGAGUUCGGGAAGAGUCACACAACCUUCAGUCUGACUUCAAAGCCUGGUUUGUUACGCUGCACCAGAUCCUCUCCGAGAAAGAAAACCGCUUACUCAGAGAUCUCGAGGAAGAAAGGAGGAAGAUUGUAAAUGAGAUGAAGAUAAAUCUGACGGGGAUUCAAAACCAUUUAAAUGACGUUCAGCGGGAGCUCGUGGAGUUACAGACCAGAAUGGAUCAAAAAGACAGCGUGCGAUUUCUGAAGGAUGAAGCUGGUCGGAAGAGCAGUGCGAAUGUUGAUACCGUGUCGUUGUCAGUGACAGAUGCUGCCCCGGCCUUUGAAACAUUCUAUCACCCCUUUGUAUUUAGCACAAUGUUAAGAGAAAUAUCUGAUGCCAUUCAGCGGAGCAGAUUACAACCUGACGUCUCCGUCACUCUGGAUGUGGAAACAAUGCAUCCGGAGCUCGAGGUGUCUGAAGAUCGGAAGAGGGUGAGAUGGACCCGGACCCAGAGGAGUCUCCCUGACACCGGGAAGAGGUUUACAGCCCGGGCGUGUGUGCUGGGAUCGGAGGGAUUCACAUCGGGGAGACAUUACUGGGAGGUGGAGGUGGCGGGGAGUCGGGUCUGGAGUCUGGGAGUUGCCGCAGAGUCUGUGGAGAGGAAGAGACAGGUCACACUGACCCCGGAGACUGGAGUCUGGAGGAUCAGGCGGCAGGGUGACGAGUUUCAUGCAUUCACCUCCCCUCCAUCCCCUCUCCCCGCCCGUCCCAUCCCCGGGAGGGUGGGAGUUUAUCUCAGUUACGAGUCCGGGACAGUUUCAUUUUACGACGUGGACACCAAGUCCCAUCUCCACACCUUCACUGGGAAUAAAUUCACGGAGAAAAUUUAUCCUUUCUUCGUGACUUGGGAUGAAAACCAGUGGCUGAGAAUCUGCUCCGGUUCCGCUCCGGGUGUAAUGGCUGCGAACGACCAGGUGGAGAGUUGGACCGAGGAGAUAAUUUGUCCCAUCUGCCUGGAUUUCUUCACCGAUCCGGUAUCACUGGAGUGCGGGCACAACUUCUGCCGCUCAUGCAUCACACAGAGUUGGGACAGGGAGGGGAGAAACUCCUGCCCGGAAUGUAGAGAGGAAUCUGCAGAACGCACCCUCAGGGUGAAUCGGGCCUUGGCGAGACUGUCUGAGAAAGCUCGAACACUGAGCCUGAAUCCCAACGCGAAGAAAAGUAAACUUCAGUGCGAGGAACAUCAGGAAGAACUGAAACUGUUUUGUAAAACUGACAAGAAACUGAUCUGUUUGAAUUGUGCAACUGUGCGGGAACACAAGUCUCACAGCUUAAUGCUGAUAGAAGAAGCAAUUGAAUUCUACAAGGAACAGGUGAAAUCUUCCUUCGAAUCUCUCACAGAAAAGGAAUCAGAGAUCCAGAAAAUGGAGCAGGAACAGAAACAGUGCAUUUCUGGAGUUCAGGAAGAGUCACACAACCUUCAGUCACUGAUCACAUCCCAGUUUGCUGAACUGCACCAGAUUCUCACUGAGAAAGAGCAGCGGUUACUCGGAGAUGUCCGGGAAGAAGAGGAGAAGAUUGUAAAAACAAUGGAGAAAAAUCUUCAAGAGAUUCAAGAGAAUUUAAAUUCCAUUCAGGAGGAACUCUCAAAAUUACAGGGACAGAUAGACCACAAGGACGGUGUGAUAUUUCUGAAGGAGGAAGCUGGUCACGAGAGCAGGGUUAUUGAUGAAACCAAAACAAUGUCGGUGGUAGAUGGCACGUUGCCCAUUGAAAAGUUUGAUCGCACCUUUUUCUACAACAUGGCAUUGAGAGAAACAUCUGAUAACAUAAAGCGAGUUUCCGUCACCCUGGAUGUGGAAACAGCGCAUCCGCGGCUCGAGGUGUCUGAGGAUCGGAAGAGGGUGAGAUGCACCCAGACCCGGAGGAUUCUGCCUGACACCGGGAAGAGGUUUACAGACAAUCCGCGUGUGCUGGGAUCGCAGGGAUUCACAUCGGGGAGACAUUACUGGGAGGUGGAGGUGGUGGGGAAUCGGGGCUGGUGUGUGGGAGUCGCCGCAGAGUCUGUGGAAAGGAAGAGACAGGUCACACUGACCCCGAUGACUGGAGUCUGGAGCAUCAGGCGGUGGGGUGACGAUUUUGAUGCAUUCACUUCCCCUCCAUCCCGUCUCCCCGCCCGUCCCAUCCCCGGGAGGGUGGGAGUUUAUCUUAGUUACGAGUCUGGGACAGUUUCAUUUUACGACGCGGACAAGAAGUCCCAUCUCCAUACAGUCACUGGGAAUAAAUUCACGGAGAAACUUUAUCCUCUCUUCGCGACUUGGCAUAACAACCAGUGGCUGAGAAUCUGCCCCGGUUCCGCUUUCUCCUGGUCGUUGGCGAUGAUCUCCACCUUGCCAUGCUGGAAGGCACCGACACAGGACGCCAUGCCAGGAUUUUCCCACCGAAUAGAUGCAGUUGUGUCAAUUGCUGCCGAGGUGUCACAUUCACCAGAACGUGGUGACUACGCCGCGGCCAAUGGACGUCGGCGCUACCUUGUUGCCAUGCGAACCGGCUGGGUGAAUCGGGCCCUGGUUAGACUGUCUGAGAAAGCUCGAACACUGAGCCUGAAUCUCAACGCGAAGAAAAGUAAACUUCAGUGCGAGGAACAUCAGGAAGAUCUGAAGCUGUUUUGUGAAACUGACAAGAAACUGAUCUGCUUUAUUUGCACAACUGCGGGGGAACACGAGUCUCACAGCUUAAUGUUGAUAGAAGAAGCAAUUGAAUUCUACAAGGAACAGGUGAAAUCUUCAUUCGAAUCUCUCACAGAAAAGGAAUCGGAGAUCCAGAAAAACGAGCAGGAACAGAAAGAGAGCAUUUCUGGAGUUCAGAAACAGUCACACAACCUUCAGUCAAUGCUCAUAUCCCAGUUUGCUGAACUGCACCAGAUUCUCACUGUGAAAGAGCAGCGCUUACUCGGAAAUGUCCGGAAAAAAGAGAAGAAGAUUGUAAAAAGAAUGGAAAAAAAUCUUCAAGAGAUACAAGAGAAUUUAAAUUCCAUUCAGGAGGAACUCUCAAAGUUACAGGAACAGACAGACCACAAGAACGGUGUUAUAUUUCUGAAGGAGGAAGCUGGUCGCAAGUGCAGGGUUAGUGAUGAAACCAAACCAAUGUUGGUGGUACAUGGCGCGUUGCCCAUUGAAAAGUAUUAUCGCACCUUAUUCUUUAACAUGGCAUUGAAGGAAAGAUCUGAUAUCAUCAAACGAGUCUCCGUCACACUGGAUGCGGAAACAGCUGGUCCGUGGCUCGAGGUGUCCAAGGAUCGGAAGAGGGUGAGAUGUACCCAGAUCCAGAGAAGUCUCCCCGACACCGAGAAGAGGUUUACAGGCAGUCCGUGUGUGCUCGGAUCGGACGGAUUCACAUCAGGGAGACAUUACUGGGAGGUGACAGGGAAUCGGGGCUGGAGUCUGGGAGUCGCCGCAGAGAAGAGGCGGAUUAAAAUGGCUUCGAACGACCAGGUCGAGAGUUGGACCGCGGAGAUAAUUUGUCCCAUCUGCCUGGAUUUCUUCAGCGAUCCGGUGUCACUGGAGUGUGGGCACAACUUCUGCCGCUCCUGUAUCACACAGAGUUGGGACAGAGGGAGAAACUCCUGCCCGGAAUGUAGAGAGGAGUUUACAGACCGCACCCUCAGGGUGAAUCGGGCCUUGGCGAGACUGUCUGAGAAAGCUCGAACACUGAGCCUGAAUCGGACAGAGAAGGAAAGUAAACUUCACUGCGAGGAACAUCAGGAAGAACUGGAGCUGUUUUGUGAAACUGAUAAGAAGCUGAUCUGUGUGAUUUGUGCAACUGGGCGGAAACACAAGUUUCACAACUUCACGCUGAUAGCAAAAGCUGCAGAGAUUUACAAGGACCAGGUUAAAGCUUCCAUCCAGUCUCUCACAAAAAAGGAAUCAGAGAUCCAGCAAAUGGAGCAGCAACAGAAACAGAAGAUUUCUGGAGUUCUGGAACAGUCACACAACCUUCAGUCCAAGAUCUCUUCGCAGUUUGCUGAACUGCACCAGAUUCUCACUGAGAAAGAGCAGCGCGUACUGACAGAUAUCCGGGAGGAAGAGAAGAAGAUUCUAAAUUCAAUGGAGAAAAAUCUUGGAGAGAUUGAGGGGAAUUUAAAAUCUAUUCAGGAGGAACUCUUAAAGUUGCAGCAACAGAUGGAUCAAAAAGACAGUGUGGUGUUUCUGAAGGAGGAAGCUGGUCGCAAGCAAAGGGUUCGUGAUGAAGCCAAACCACUGUUGGUGGCAGAUGAUGCCUUGCUGAUUGAAAAGUUUCAUUGCCCUGUUUUGUUCAACACGGCAUUCAAAGAAAUACCUGAUGACUUCAAGCAAGUCUCCGUCACCCUGGAUGUGGAAACAGCGAGUCCGCUCCUCGAGGUGUCUGAGGAUCGGAAGAUGGUGAGAUUUACCGGGAUCCAGAGGAGUCUCCCUGACACCGGGAAGAGGUUUACAGGCAGGCUGUGUGUGCUGGGAUCGGAGGGAUUCACAUCGGGGAGACAUUACUGGGAGGUGGAGGUGGCGGGGAGUCGGGGCUGGAGUCUGGGAGUCGCCGCAGAGUUUGUGGAGAGGAAGAGAGGGGUCACACUGACCCCGGAGACUGGAAUCUGGAGCAUCAGGCAGUGGGGUGACGAGUUUGAUGCACUCACCUCCCCUCCAUCCUGUCUCCCCGCCCGUCCCAUCCCCGGGAGAGUGGGAGUUUAUUUCAGUUACGAGUCCGGGAUAAUUUCAUUUUACGACGCGGACACCAAGUCCCAUCUCCACACCUUCACUGGGAAUAGAUUCACGGAGAAACUUUAUCCUUUCUUCGAGACCUGCGAUGGAAACUGGCUGAGAAUCUGCUCCAGUUCCGUUCCAAUAGGUGAAAUAUUAAGCACAGUACAUUUUUUUCUGAGUCAUAUUGAUAUUCUAGGUUAGAUAAUAUAUAUUAAUAGUCCUGGCUUACCAAGGUUUACCAUAACAAGGUUGUGCAUCUGGUAUGGAAACAGAAUAUGAUCCCCCAUUAAUUUUACAACGUUGUUCAAAUUACUGAGGGUCGGGUCCUGGGACCAGCGUCAGGAGCGGGGCUCAGCGCCUGUGGGGCAGAAACCCGGUGGACAACAGGUCGGCGCUGAACGGCUCACAUUUAAUCCCCAAAUUCCGCGUCGUAAAACCCCAGGGAGCGUGGAAAUAAAACCAGGGGGAAUGUAAAUGUGGGAAGAGUGAAAUAAACAGCAACUGAAAUCA